GUCGUCAUUCUUGUACAAACGAACAAAUAUGGCAAGUUUGAGUAAAUGUUCGGAGAAAAUGAAGUUGUUAAUCGGACUACUUUCCCUUCAAUUAUGUUUCGCGGGGUAUCAUAUUGUUUCGAGGGUAGCACUCAACAUUGGCGUAAGUAAAGUCGUAUACCCGGUUUAUAGGAACAUCAUUGCUUUACUAAUAUUAGCUCCCAUUGCCUUUUUUCUAGAAAGGAAAGAAAGACCGCAUUUAACUUUCUCGUUGUUGAUCGAGUUUUUCUUUUUGGCACUACUCGGGGUAACUGCAAAUCAAGGAUUCUACAUUUUGGGUUUGUAUUAUGCAUCUCCCACUUUUGCAUCUGGAAUGCAAAAUUCAGUUCCUGCAAUAACAUUUGUCUUGGCCAGUAUGCUAGGACUAGAACAAGUAAACAUAUUCAGCAAACAAGGACUAGCCAAAGUGUUCGGAACUAUAGCAAGUGUAGGAGGUGCAAGCAUCAUUACAUUGUAUAAAGGCUUUCCUUUACUGCACCAAACAGUUACAGAGCAAUCUGAAGAGAAUUCGGUAGCACAACUCGAACGAAUCAUGGGUUCGCCUACUAAUACUGCGCACAACAUUACUUGGGGCUGCAUAUUCCUUCUCGGACAUUGCUUCUCUUGGGCGGGUUGGAUGGUCUAUCAGGCAUCCGUAUUGAAGAAGUACCCAGCCAAAUUGUCCUUAACUUCGUACACAUGUUUCUUCGGAUUAGUCCAAUUUUUAGCAAUUGCGGCCUUUAUUGAGACUGAUUACGAGCACUGGAAAAUCGCAUCAGGCGAGGAAGUUCUCACCAUUCUGUACGCGGGAAUUAUUGCAUCAGGACUUGUAAUCUCGCUACAAACAUGGUGCAUUCAUAAAGGAGGUCCUGUGUGUGUGGCAGUUUUUCAGCCUGUUCAGACUGUCUUAGUCGCUAUUUUAGCCGCUCUUUUUCUUGGAGAUAAGCUCUAUUCCGGAGGGGUAUUAGGAGCAAUCACCAUAGCAUUAGGGCUAUACUUAGUUUUGUGGGGUAAGACGACGGAAUACAAAUCGAUAGAGCAAGGCGGAGAGGAUCAAUUGCGUAGGCAUCUAUUACAAAAAACAGAAGACGAAGAAUCAAAAGAUUGUUUUACGUCUGAUAUUCCAUGAAUCUAGACUCAACCCUGCCUAGUGCUUAGGCAAUUAUCUAAGUCAUAUAACACAGAAAAAUGACAAUGGAGUUGGUUUAACAUACAUGCAGAGAUAAGUGUUGGAGCCAC